CUCUUUCCUGCCUAUCCUUCCGGGGUCCGACCGCUCGUACAAGUAGGAGAGCUUUUCUUCUUCUUUCGACUUCUAGGCUUUCCCGAGAGUUUGUGAAUUUGAUACUUCGCCACCCUAUCGAACCCGAAGACCCCCCAAUAGCGUUCUAAAUUAGCGCUUAAAUUACUUGUAGCAGCGUUAUUUUGGGCAGUAGCAUCCGCUUCGAUGGACCACACAACUGUCCCCACGGAAUCACUUCACCAGUAGUUAGAGCACCGACGAAUCUCGUACCGUCAAAAAGCCUGGGAAGAUUCCGAGAGCGUUGUGUAGGCGCCGACCUUCUUGCCCGUCCAACAGCCAAACACCCGACCCAAAUCAGUCCAGGACUCCCGAUGCUGAGACAACACGUAUCUCCGAGCAUGGAUCCCGCCAAGACACACGGGAACUCCCAUCCGAUUGGCUUUUAUGCUGGAAAUGGAACUGCGUCAUCGAAACAACAUCCCUCGCAUGACCAUCAUCACAAAGAAGGUCUCUUUUUGGUCACCACAUUAACCGCACGGGCAGACGCAUGACAAGGAUCAAGGCUAGGCCAAGUUUGCCAGCAAGAUUCCGCCCUUGCUCGGGACCAACCGAAGCGGGAGCCACUGGCACUGAAAGAGCUGACUAGUCUUUGGUUGCUGAAUUGAAAUGCCUUUCGCGGAAGGAAGGCGAGUUUGCGAGUUUGCUGAUGGGGCUUAUUGGUUGGUGUCUAGAAGGAUGUGAAAGAAGCACUGAUGGGGUCCGAACCGCGACAUUUGCUUUAGGUGCCAUCGUUUGCCGCUUAGAUAUGGGCGUUGGUCAAAAUGGCUGGGAGCGCGCAUUUGGUUCGAUCGUCCGUGACGAAAAGUCCCAUAAUGCAUAUUCACAACCAGCCACCCACAAAACUGGGCAGGAUAUCAGAUCUCCACCCCUCUGGCAAUGUGGUACCCGGCGCCUGCUACUCGCCAGCAAUGGAGACUUGGAGAGGCCAGAGGCUCCAAUCAACAGGGCACCGUUGCCAAAAACGGGCGUCAUAACUUAACAUGGUUUUGUGCUGAUCGUCAAUAUUAGGAAAAAACUUGAUUCCUCAUAGCGCCUCCUGUCGCAUUCCAACUUUCAGCGAUUCCUACAUAAGGUUCGACAUGUUCCCUUCAAUCCGUGUUCUGUUAUGAACAGGCGGAAGUAACUUAUCGCACCCCAGACGAAAGCGAGGAAUAUAAAGUGUCGAAUACUAUCCUCCCGCCUUCCCCCCCCCCAAAAAAAAAGUCUCCGUUCCUUAAUCGCCCACUCUAAUAGAAUCUGCCCCCAAACACCGCAGUCAUGUGGCCCGGAACCUUCUUCACACUUCUUCGCAUCCUGCAAAUCCUCACCCUUAUCCCCAUAUGGGGAGUCCUAGCCUUUUUCGUCGAUAAAUAUCCCAUGGUUGAAGACGGUGCUUUCUCUGACAUCCUCUGCCUCUUUGUCGUCGCAAUCCUCGCAACAAUCUGGGCAAUCGCCACAAUCUCACUCUUCUACCGCCGCCAUGUCCCCAUAUGGGUCGCGGUUAUCGAUCUCUGCAUUUUUGGCGUUCUCAUUGCUGGUGUCGUACUUCUCGCGCCCUACGUGCGGAACACGGAUUGCAUCGGGGUCAACUGGGGAUGGGCAUACGCGGACGGAUACUGGAGCAGGGAGUGCUCCAUGUAUAAGGCGGUUUAUGCCUUGGGCAUCAUGAACAUUAUUAUGUUCUUCCUCACUGCAGUGUUGGCGGCGUGGAUUUGGAGGAGGCAUACUACUGUCGCGGUUUAUCGGUAUUAAGUUUGGUGUUUUAUUAUGGCUGGUUGUGGUUAUGUGUGCACAUUUAAUAGUUUUGUGAUACGAAAGAUGUUUGGUUUUAUUUUUAAUGAGGGUUUUUUGUAUUUUUGUCACUUAAUGAAUGACUGAGAGGAUGGUAGGUUUGGAUGUUUUUAUGAAGAUUUGUUUGCGUUAGUGAUGCAAUUUUCCAAAAAUGCAAAAUCUAUUGACAGGA